UUUUUUACUCCUUUCUUGUACUGCUUCUGAUUCACCUUGAUAGUAAGAAAUUUUUUUUUUCUUCAAUUUUUAUUAACUAUAUCAAAAAUGUUGUUGUGGAAGCAAAAUGAGCAUAGGUCUGCUUUCAUUGGUAGAACUGUAAGUUCAGCACUUUCGUUAUAUACUUUAAAUUUCAAUUAACUUGUAACAAAUUAGUACUAAUUUUGGUAAUUAUUAUUGCAGGAGACUGAGAAUAUUAUUUGUUCUUACUGUCAUUCAAUGCCAGAACCUCACCCUCUAAUUGUUCCUAUACUAGAGGAAGUGGGUUUUUCUGGGGUUGCAAAGCUCAGACAUCUAAAAGUGGAUCACGCAUUAAUCACAGCUUUGGUUGAAAGAUGGAGACCUGAGACUCAUACAUUCCAUUUUCCAACUGGAGAGUGCACCAUAACACUGGAGGAUGUUGCACUUCAACUUGGCUUAAGAGUUGAUGGUUUACCAGUCAUUGGCCCAACAUUAUAUGACUGGGAGGAAAUGUGCUCCACCUAUCUCGGAAUCAUGCCAGUUAAAGGUGAGUCACUAAUUGGCUCUAUGAUUAAGUUAAAGUGGUUAAGAGAUAAUAUGUUAGAAUUACCAGAGGAGCCAUCUCAAGAACAACUUGAUGCACAUUGUAGAUCAUAUAUAUUAGGGUUAAUAGGAGGUGUUUUGAUGCCUGACAAAACAGGCAAUAAGGUACAUCUUAUGUAUUUAUCUUUAUUAAUAAAUCUUAGAAGAACAAGACGAUAUAGUUGGGGGUCGGCUUGUUUAGCUAUGUUAUAUAGGGAAAUGUGUAGAGCUACAAAUGUUAGUAGCAAAACAAUGGGUGGUUGUGCAUCUCUGUUACAAUCUUGGGCAUGGCAUCGCAUGCCAUAUAUUGCGCCUAUUUCCAGGUUACCAGCAUCAUUCCCUCUAGUCUGUAAAUGGAGCGGGGGCAGAGUUUUAAACUUUCAAAAUGUACCUCAUAAUGAUGUUGUUGGAUAUAGAUCAAGGUUUGAUCACAUUCAGAAUGAUCAGUUUUUAUGGGCGCCAUAUGGAGUAUUGCAAACAGCAAUACCGAUGCAAGCAUAUAGAGAUGCUCUGCUAUGGACAUCAUGCACCUCCAUUAUUUGUUUUGCAAUUGUUGAAUGGCACCAAUCUGAUAGAGUGAAAUUGCAAUUUCGUCUCUUCCAGGAUGUCCCUUCUCCACCGAAUAAUUUGGAUAACCUGCACAACAUUGACAUGAGGGGAAGACAAGAUGAAAAUUGGGUUACAAGACAUGCUCAGUGGAUCGACAUAUGGAACAAUAGACGUGAGCACACAUUGAUGGGUCAUCCAAUGCAAGGCCCACUGUUUCACACACGAGAAUACAUGGAAUGGUACAUGGCCAAUUCCAUCUAUUUUUUAUCUGUGCCACGACUACUACAAGAUCCAAGGACCCAUCAACAACAAAGGACUUCCACAACAUUUGAGACUGGUCGAACUUCCAUGCGAUCGCAUGAAGAGACUGGUCAGCAUGUAUCAAAUCCUUAGUACGUCACUCCUGAACAAAACAUAAUUGACAGACGACAU